GGCGAGGAGGUGGGCGUGGCGGGGCGGGACCGGCAGGUGAGCUGGCAGGGGGCGGCGUGCAGGCGGCUGGGGUGGGCGCCCGAGACGGGCUUCACGGCGGCGGCGCUGCUGGACCGCCUCCUGCACCGCGUCAGGAUCCCGCCGCGGUACCUGCACGCCGUCGGGGCCGCUGCGCUCUUCAUCGCCGCCAAGAUCCACGAGGAGGACGAGAAUGUCCCAGCCACGAUAGAGGUAGUGGAGCGAGGAGGCAUGGACUGCACCCACCGAGAGCUCCUGCGGAUGGAGCGUGUGCUGCUGGACAAGCUGUCAUGGCACCCGAAGGCGUCCAUCACUCUGGAUUUCCUUCAGGUGCUUCAUGCCUUGGCUAUUGUCUCUGCACCGAAGCACCAGCAAGCGCAGAGGAGCGGAUCGCCAACACGUCAGCUGGGCCACCUGACAAACCGAUUGUGGCGAGUUGUGUGCUCAGGACGCAGUGGAAGCAUCCGGCCAUCUUUGCUUAGCCUUGCCUUACUGUCUCUGGCCCUGGACACGUCUGCGUCAGAGCCAGGUCUCACACUUUGGCUCCAAGCACUCACACAGGUGAGUGAUGAAGAGCUAGCCAGCGCACGAGCAUUAGUAAAGGAGAUCCUUGGAGAGGAAUCCUUUGAAUUCCUUCCUGUCCCCCCCUUGAAGACCAGCCAGCAGAGCCCGCCCUCAAGACCCAACAAAAGGAAAGUGGGACACUCCAUUGACACUGAAGAGGAGGACAUGUAUGUGGACAUCAAGAAGCUGUAUGCUCAUGACAAGAUUGCAACAGAUACGCCCCUCCAAGAAAAACCACCAGAAUGUCCAGAGGAGCUAGACGACACGUACAGUGACAUCCGGCGCCUCUACUCACCAGUGCCCAUCAUCAGUGACCCUCUCACUGCUAGCAAAAUGUGCCCCACUAAACCUGCCACCUGCAAGAAGUUGUCCUCCAAGAAGAAGAAGACCAAGCCCACGUUUAAAGCAAAGAACUCCAUGAAGAGCUCUCUGAAACAAGCUCUGAAAAUCCCAUGCAAGAUAUCUCUCAUCACAACGAAAAAGAUGUUUGAAGAGAUAUGCGAAGAGGAGGAGGAAGAGGAGGAAGAGAUGGAGAUGGAAGUCGAAAAUGAGGAAUCUCAGCAAGAGUGGGAAGGACCCCUGGUAGAGCCUGUUGGCAUUCUUAAUUCACCCAUCUUCUCACCAAUGAGUCCAGAGUUUCCUGACAUUCGCAAUGUUGUUGUUAAGAAAGAAGACCUGUGCUGGCGCCAGAAGGCUUUGGAAGUCACUGAACAAGUUUACAGACCAAUGACCUAUGCUCAGGUGUUGCGCUUACAUCUCACACCUUUAACCCGAGCCCUUGGUGUAUAAUUGCCCCCCCACCCCACCCCCACUCCCCAAAAGAAAGAAAAAAAGUAAUUCUCCCACCGACAAGGACACAGUAACAAACAUUCUGUUCUUUCUGGUGAAGUUGUGAAGCUGUUGCAUCCCACCAGUCUUAUAAAAGCCACUUGAGGAGAAUGGACAAUAUUGUUAUAGGGAAAUCACUUACUUUAAAUCAACAGGCCACAGAUGCGUGGUUUUUACCUCAGAUCACAGUAACCACUGCCAGUUCCUCAGGUGGCACAAGUAGUUUUAUUUCAUUGUACAAAUAAACUUUUGUGUAAAUGAUACCAAUGCCUUCAUAGAUGAAGUGGUCUCAGAAUGGAAAUUUGAACCUUUUUUUUUUUCUUCUUUUCUUCAGAUGGACUUCCAAGAUUUUAUUUUGAAAGGACUCCAACUUUUUUGUUGGAGAUCUUGAGUUGAAUUGUCUUUUAGUUUUAAUCUUGUGAUGCCAGUUGUAUCAAUGACAGGCUGCAUGAGAGUAUGCAUAUUAUUAAUCCCUCCCUCGCCACUUCCUUUCACAUCAGGUAAAGGCUGAUACUAAUCGUUGAUCAGGCUAUCCGAGCGUUAUGUUCUUAUAUAAAAAGAUUGUGAUUCCCUUCUUGGAGGACGGAAAUGCACAUUGUAUUUUCUUUAUUUAAUUUUAAGGUAUUUAGUUGUACUGUGGUUACCAGAGAUGUAUGUUGUGUAACUGAUUUGCUAUUCGGCUUUGUAUGAACACCAAAAAUAUGGACAGCAGUUUUAUGAAAGAUAUGGUGCUAAGGAGUCGUAAAUAUGAUAUCAAAGAAGUUAUUUAAGAAAAAGAUAGAUUAUUAUGGCCAUAGAAGCUAUUGUGGACUGUAUUUUUUGAGGAUGUAAGUGCAGCACAGUACAGGGAUCUCAGCUAUGAGUAAUGUACAAAUUUAUUGUAAGCAGUCUUUAGUAAAAAUAAUAGUUAUGUACAGCAUAGAGUAGUCUUUUUAUGAUUAUUAAUCUUUUUAUGUUUUCCAGUAAAUCAUCGAGGAAGAGUUGGCAUUACGAAAAGUGAUUCACAUUUUAUAUUGUAUGCGAAUCCACGUAAAUGGAAAAUUCCAGUUUACUUAUUUUAUAACCUGGUGCUCUAAGGGUCUACUAUAUUCCUAUAUGUAAUAAGCAAAAUAUUGACAGUGUUAAGAUGUGAUUCAUGACAUGAGCACCAAAGAAGAGGCUUUCACAUUUUAAACAAGGUCAACAGCUGAAGAAAAAUGAAAAUUUUGCAUUUUAGAUUGUAGUCUGUUGCCAUUAGUUACGAUGCAUUUGGUGAGCCUAUUCUGAAAGUGUGAGUACUCAUUCCAAAGCUUUGGACUUCAUUCAUAGCUUUUUUUUAUUGAAAUGAAAUACAGGUUUGCUACAGGAUAUGAUUUUCCUUGCAGAAUGUGUCACAGUAAGAGGUUGCACCCAGUACUUUGUGCCAAAGGAUGCUGAUCAUAUUUUUGUUACAAAAUUAGCAUUGUUUUAUUAUAAUGAACAACAAUGUAUCCGCUAUGCAGUUCUACUUAUUAUUCUAUUCAAUUAUUGCUCAAGCGAACAAAACAUUAGCAACUUUAAACUUAAACCUAAGCUAGUCUGAAGAAGCAUUCAUUGUAGAUCUUCAUUACGCUUUAAAGUAAGAGGACGUCAGGGUGCUAAGUUUGCGUAUUGUUCAUUCGUGAUGACGGCUAAAAAGAAUGAAUGAAUAUUUGACUCCAUGAUGGAAAUUAUUUUGGGCUUUCAUAUACCAAGGAGAUAAUGAAAAAAAGAUCUGACAAGAUGGCAUAUUUUUCAUUGUUAGUGACAGAAAUUAUGAGAAAAUCCGAGUUGAAGAUUUUUGUAUAAAGCCUGAAGUGACAGAUUUUGAUAAUUCCUCAGUCACUUUUUCAAAGUGUGUGGCAGUGGUAAUUAAAGCUCUAGGGGAUAUUGUCACUGAAGGAGUAUCAUUGUGAGAGAGGCCGUAGACAGGUGGAGAGAACGAAACCCAAAGUCAAUUUUACUAUGACAAGGCAGUCGAGUUGGUACCACAAAAAUGUUUGUUUUACUUGAUUAUUUUAAUAUGAGAUUUUUAUUCUUACGACAGAAUAAUAAUGAAUGAUUUCCAUGUUCCUUCUUUUAUCUUGAGGUCCGACAGCAAUGUCUGCCUCAUGAAUCCUAGUAUGGUUGAGAAAUACCUUCCCCUAUUCCUGUUUUCUUCUUUGUGUGUGCGUGUGUGCGUGUGCGUGCGCGUGUGCAUGCGUGUGUGUGUCCCCUUAACCUUCCCACUCAAUAGUUACCAAUUCAUAGUAUUUGUCAGUGUUUAAAGAAUAGUGAUCUCUAUUCAUGAAAAAAGUACAAAAAAAAAGAAGAAAUCUCCAUAAUUUAGGUUUAGUAAAUAUACCUUAGUAGAAGCCUCAUCAAUUCCUAUACAUUAUAGCAAAGACAAGAAGGUGGUCAUAAUUGCAUUUAAUUUACCUAUGAUGUAGUUAUGUAGAAGAUGCUAUGUAAUGAUGAAUGGCCUUGGAUAAUGCAUGUGUUUGCAGACCAUUUCAAUUUAUUAUUUAGAGGUAUAAUAAAGGAAAAUGUAGAUUAUCUUUAUAUAUGAAAUCUUGCAAGACACUUGUAUAUUUUACAGAUAUGUAUGAAAUAACAUUGUGUUGAGGCCUGCCUUGAGAUAUUUUAUCUGAACAAAUGUACAAGAAAUAGAUUGCUUGGAGACGCAACACAGUGGAGAAUUAUGCAGUAUUCUUAAAGUAAUGGAUUCUUAUUUUUGAUGUAUCAGAAUGAUAUUACAUCAUAUUACAAAAAGA